GCAUGCUCUGAAUCUGUGUGUAAUGGGAGUUCAACAGUCUGGAUCCAUUAUCCUAGCCGGGUCGGGUCAAGGUCUCUGAGCAAGAGAGACAAUUCGUUUGAUUCGGUGUAGAAGACAUGAAUACUGGUGGUCGGCUCAUUGCUGGUUCUCACAACAGAAACGAAUUCGUUCUGAUUAACGCUGAUGAGAGUGCAAGAAUACGAUCAGUACAAGAACUGAGUGGGCAAACAUGUCAAAUCUGUGGAGAUGAAAUCGAAUUAACGGUCAGCGGUGAGCUCUUUGUUGCGUGCAAUGAAUGCGCAUUCCCGGUUUGUAGGCCAUGCUAUGAGUAUGAACGUAGAGAAGGAAAUCAAGCUUGUCCUCAGUGCAAAACCCGUUACAAACGGAUUAAAGGUAGUCCACGGGUUGAUGGAGAUGAUGAAGAAGAAGAAGACAUUGAUGAUCUUGAGUAUGAGUUUAAUCAUGGGAUGGACCCUGAACAUGCCGCUGAAGCCGCGCUCUCUUCGCGCCUUAACACUGGUCGUGGUGGAUUGGAUUCAGCUCCACCUGGAUCUCAGAUUCCUCUCUUGACUUAUUGUGAUGAGGAUGCUGAUAUGUAUUCUGAUCGACAUGCUCUUAUCGUUCCUCCUUCAACGGGAUAUGGGAAUCGAGUCUAUCCUGCACCAUUUACAGAUUCUUCUGCACCUCCACAGGCAAGAUCAAUGGUUCCUCAGAAAGAUAUUGCGGAAUAUGGAUAUGGAAGUGUUGCUUGGAAGGACCGUAUGGAAGUUUGGAAGAGACGACAAGGGGAAAAGCUUCAAGUUAUUAAGCAUGAAGGAGGAAACGAUGGUCGGGGUUUCAAUAAUGACGACGAACUGGAUGAUCCUGACAUGCCCAUGAUGGAUGAAGGAAGACAACCUCUCUCAAGAAAGCUACCUAUUCGUUCAAGCAGAAUAAAUCCCUACAGAAUGUUAAUUCUGUGUCGGCUCGCGAUUCUUGGCCUUUUCUUUCAUUAUAGAAUUCUCCAUCCAGUCAAUGAUGCAUAUGGAUUAUGGUUAACGUCAGUUAUAUGCGAAAUAUGGUUCGCCGUAUCUUGGAUUCUUGAUCAAUUCCCUAAAUGGUAUCCUAUAGAACGUGAAACAUACCUCGAUAGACUCUCUCUCAGGUACGAGAAGGAAGGAAAACCGUCAGGAUUAGCACCUGUUGAUGUUUUUGUUAGUACAGUGGAUCCGUUGAAAGAGCCACCGUUGAUUACAGCAAACACAGUUCUUUCGAUUCUAGCAGUUGAUUAUCCGGUGGAUAAGGUUGCUUGUUAUGUAUCGGACGAUGGUGCAGCGAUGCUUACAUUUGAAGCUCUCUCUGAUACAGCUGAGUUUGCUAGAAAGUGGGUUCCUUUCUGUAAGAAGUUUAAUAUCGAGCCACGAGCUCCCGAGUGGUAUUUUUCUCAGAAGAUGGAUUAUUUGAAGAACAAAGUUCAUCCUGCUUUUGUCAGGGAACGUCGUGCUAUGAAGAGAGAUUAUGAGGAGUUUAAAGUGAAGAUAAAUGCAUUGGUUGCUACAGCACAGAAAGUGCCUGAGGAAGGUUGGACUAUGCAAGAUGGAACUCCUUGGCCUGGAAAUAACGUCCGUGACCAUCCCGGAAUGAUUCAGGUGUUCUUGGGACACAGCGGAGUUCGUGAUACAGAUGGUAAUGAGUUACCACGUCUAGUGUAUGUUUCUCGUGAGAAGCGGCCUGGAUUUGAUCACCACAAAAAAGCUGGAGCUAUGAAUUCCUUGAUCAGAGUCUCUGCUGUUCUAUCAAACGCUCCAUACCUUCUUAAUGUCGAUUGUGAUCACUACAUCAACAACAGCAAAGCAAUUAGAGAAGCUAUGUGUUUCAUGAUGGAUCCGCAAUCCGGGAAGAAAGUUUGUUAUGUUCAGUUUCCGCAGAGAUUUGAUGGGAUUGAUAGACAUGAUAGAUACUCAAACCGUAACGUGGUGUUCUUUGAUAUUAACAUGAAAGGUCUUGAUGGGAUACAAGGACCGAUUUAUGUCGGGACAGGUUGUGUGUUUAGAAGACAAGCUCUUUAUGGUUUUGAUGCACCAAAGAAGAAGAAACCACCAGGCAAAACCUGUAACUGUUGGCCUAAAUGGUGUUGUUUGUGUUGUGGGUUGAGAAAGAAGAGUAAAACGAAAGCUAAAGAUAAGAAAAAUAACACUAAAGAGACUUCAAAGCAGAUUCAUGCGCUAGAGAACGUCGAAGAAGGUGUUAUCGUCCCAGUGUCAAAUGUUGAGAAGAGAUCUGAAGCAACACAGCUGAAAUUGGAGAAGAAGUUUGGACAAUCUCCGGUUUUCGUUGCCUCUGCUGUUCUACAGAACGGUGGAGUUCCCCGUAACGCAAGCCCCGCAUGUUUGUUAAGAGAAGCCAUUCAAGUUAUUAGCUGCGGGUACGAAGAUAAAACCGAAUGGGGAAAAGAGAUCGGGUGGAUUUAUGGAUCGGUGACUGAAGAUAUUUUGACGGGAAAAUUCAUCGUCCCCGAGAUAAGCAACUACGCAGCUUCGAUCUUGACGCUCUUGUGGGUUAGAGUUAACCCGUUUGUGGCUAAAGGGGGACCAGUGUUGGAGAUCUGUGGUCUGAAUUGUGGAAACUAAGAUUCUGAGUGAAGGAAGAGCAAAGGAGUUUGUGUUGGAGCUUUGGAAGCAAAUGUGUCGAUGAUGAUGAUGUGUACUCUUUUGGUGGUAAGUUGGGUUGGG